AUGUCCAGCUCGUCUUCCCCUCACGUUUCUGCCUCGGGCGCUCGCUUGCUGUUCGAUCCGGCUCUUGUGCCGAGCUCGAUCGGCGGUCGACUCCCGUCGCACAUUGUCGUUAGACCGCUCGCCCGUGAUGACCAUGCCAACGCACAUAUUCAACUUCUCUCCACCUUGACUGUCGCCCCCGACCUCUCGCCCGAGACGUACGAGGCCCGCUUCGACGCAAUGCUCGCCUCGCCGGAGACGUACUUUGUCCUCGUCUUUGCGCACAAGGAGACUGGCAAGAUCCUCGCCUCGGCCAGUUUGAUGGUCGAGCUCAAGUUUCUCCGAGACGCCGGCAAGGUCGGUCACAUCGAAGACGUCGUCGUCGACCCGGAAUGCAAGGGACAAAGUCUGGGCAAGAUCAUGAUCCAGGGGUUGAGCGAGUUGGGCAUGCAGAGGGGCUGUUACAAGGUCAUCCUCGAUUGCGAUGCCAAGAAUGCCGGCUUCUACGAAAAGUGCGGGUACCGCAACGUCGGCGUCGAGAUGGCCAUUUACAAGCAAUAG